UUGGCUUCGCGCCACUCGCGGCCGCGGAUCCCCACCGCCGUCCGUCGGUCGUGAUCCCCUCGCCGCCGCCGCCGCCGCCGCUUCAGCUAACCCUCGCCGCCCGUCGUCCCCGACUCCGGCCGGUCGCGCUCGCGCACCCACUCAAGUUUCCCAUCCCGUGCUCCCCCUUCACCGCGUCGCCUCGUGUGGGUCGGGUUAUAGGGUCGGGCGAGAGCGCGCCACCCGACCCGUUUCGUGGCUGCUCCGGCUCCUUUUCCCCUUUUCCUCUGCUAUUUUCUCUCUCCCCCUUCGUCCAGACCCAGAAGGAGAGGGAGACAGAGAGGAGACGAGGAGCAGCAGCGUGGCGACGCCCAAAUCGAGCGACCUGAUCGAGGCCCCUCGCCCCUACUCGCUUAAUCCCAAUCCGAGCCCGCCAAUUGGGCGUCCCGCCCACGCAAAGGACACUGGGAAGAAAACUACUGGCGUGCUGACAAAUCCAACUGCGGUUUUCUUGGACUACAGAUGAAGCGGGCUCGAAGGCGUGUGUGCAAGAGAUGACUGAUGAGGGAUGCUAGUGACAUUGAUGAACUUGUUGCGGGCGUGCUGGCGACCAUCGAACCGGCAUGCCCGAACAGGCUCAGAUGUUACCGGUAGGCAGGAUGGACUUCUAUGGUACAAGGACGCCGGGCAGCAUGUCAAUGGGGAGUUCUCCAUGGCUGUUGUUCAGGCCAAUAACUUACUUGAGGACCAGUGUCAGAUCGAGUCGGGCCCACUGAGUUUUCUAGAUUCUGGACCAUAUGGCACUUUCGUUGGCGUUUACGAUGGACAUGGUGGUCCAGAGACGGCCUGCUAUAUCAAUGAGCAUCUCUUCCAGAAUCUGAAAAGAUUUGCAUCUGAGCAGAAUGCAAUGUCUGCUGAUGUACUGAAGAAGGCGUAUGAAGCUACAGAAGAUGGAUUCUUCUCUGUUGUUACCAAACAAUGGCCUAUAAAGCCUCAGAUAGCAGCUGUCGGCUCAUGCUGCCUGGUCGGUGUAAUUUGUGGCGGCGUGCUUUAUGUUGCCAAUGUUGGGGAUUCCCGUGCCGUUUUAGGAAGACAUGUUAAGGCCACUGGAGAAGUUUUGGCUGUCCAACUGUCAGCAGAGCAUAAUGUAAGUAUUGAGUCAGUCAGAAAAGAACUGCAGUCAAUGCACCCAGAAGAUAGGCACAUUGUUGUUCUCAAGCACAAUGUUUGGCGUGUAAAAGGAUUGAUUCAGGUUUGUAGAUCAAUUGGUGAUGCUUAUCUCAAAAAGCAAGAGUUCAACAGGGAACCCCUAUAUGCAAAAUUCCGCCUCCGUGAACCUUUUAACAAGCCAAUACUAAGUUCAGAACCAUCAAUAUGUGUGCAACCACUACAACCACACGACCAGUUUCUCAUAUUUGCAUCUGAUGGACUUUGGGAGCACUUAACCAACCAAGAGGCUGUUGAUAUUGUUCACAGUAGCCCCCGCAGUGGCUGUGCUAGGAGGCUGAUAAGAGCCGCACUGCAAGAGGCAGCCAAGAAAAGAGAGAUGAGAUACUCGGACCUCAAGAAGAUCGAUCGCGGUGUUCGCCGUCACUUCCACGACGACAUAACAGUCAUAGUAGUGUUCCUUGACUCCAGCCUCGUAAGUAGGGCGAGCACGCACCGAGGUCCCACUCUUUCCCUGCGAGGUGGUGGCGCCAGCGCUGGCCUGCGCAGCAACACGCUUGCACCUACGUGACUGUAAAGUGCCUGGUGGAGAGGAGGCUACAGCCCUGACUGGAGGAGGUUUUCUUUCCUCGUGUCGACUGUGUUAUAUAUGUACUUGUACCGGCCAAGAUCAUCCAUCCCCCCUCAAUGGUGUAAAGGAGAGGCGCGGAAGCUCCUCCCCAGUGUCUUUGAAUGCCCUAAAUGGUGUCAAGGUGUGGACUCAAGUUGAUAGCUCGUCGCUGUUCUUCUGAUGAUGCUCUGUGGAAAGCUCAAAUCCUUUCCACCUGAAAAACAAGUAAUAUGUCUUCCAGUGCUGGAAUUAACCCUAGUGCAUAUAUAUAUAUAUGAAAUAAUAAUAAGCCAAAAGGAGGAGUAACUUAUUUAACUGAUGCUGUAAGGUGUAUGGUAUGUUUUGUAUGUGUACUGUUUUUUACUGCUACUGCAUCUACUGUUGUUAAUUGACCGCUGGUAAAGUGAAAUCAGUGAUUUGGUCUCACUAUUAUCAGUUGUUCCCAGUA